AUGUCAGAUAUUAGUAAUGUAAUAACGAGCAGGGAACAAACACAACUUGAAGGUUUAGCCCUUAAUGGACAAUUAACUCUUAACAAGUUAAUUAAUACAGUGGAAGAAAUAUUUACCACGUUGCCAACUUUCCUUUCAAGCGAAAAUACCGAAGAAAUUCGAAAAAAAGUGACAGAAAGUCAAAAUAAAUAUAAAAAUGUUGCCGAUGAAUUGAAUGGUGUAAUAGGACAGAUUGAUGUUAUUUGGACGAAAAAGCAGGAAGAAACUUCAACGGAAAAUAAUAUGGAAAUAAGUGAAGUGAAGAAAGAUCCUGCAAUAAAAGAACUAAUUGAAACGCGUGAUACACUUUUUCAAGAAUCUGAAACACAAAAACUCCACCUAAAAGAAUUACUUGAUCGAACGUAUGAGUUACAAUUUCUCAUACAAACAUUAUUAGCAAGUUGUGAACAACAAGAAGUUGUUCUGCCCGACGCUUAG